AUGACAGAAGACGAUAAUGACGAAAAGAACGAUAACACUGAGAAACUAUGCUUUAUGGAAUUUUUGCGUAUCACAGAGCAGCAUGAAACUAAAGAAAUAUUCUCAAAUAAUGCUCAAAAUUCAAGUGAUUUAUCAAAGAAACGAGUGCACGUUGGCAUUUUGAGUAGUUCGAAGUCACUUCCACUAAUAAAACUAAAGAGAAAUGAAAGCAAAAGUAUGAACGACGAAAUAGAUGAUAGCACUCCAUGUACAUUCUAUGAAGCAAUAUCAAAUUCCAAUCAGUCAACUGAUAAAAGUCGAGAACCCAUUGUAUCAGAGCUUGCGGGACCAUCGACAAUAUCCACUUUACCACGCAUUCUUCGAGCUUCAAGACGAUGGGACAAAAAAGCUUGUUAUUCAUUGGAUUCUCCACCAAAACAGAUUUUGGAUGAUAUCAAAACAACCUUUCAUUCUGAUUUAUUACAAAUGCCAACCAUUUGCUCUUCAUUGAUCGAAUCAAAUAAACAUAGUAAAAAGGCUAAUAAUUAUGAAAAUAACGCCGAAAAUAAUUUGAAGCUUAAACGAUAG